AUGAAAAGGCACGUGUCUUUAUCUGAUAUAUUGACAGGAAAUAAGAGAAAAGUGAGAAGACAAGAUGCUCUACAGAUUACCAUCGAUGACGAAAAUGAUACUGAAUCAGGCACUUUUGACGCCAGAACAGCCAAACAUGACGAUUCUUCAGUAAUAUUUUUAAACCACUCUGUUGUGAAGCCAAUUGAAGCUGUUUCUACUAAUCACAAAUCUGCAAAGGAGUUUUUGAUGACGAAACGCACAAAAGAAAAAUGCGAUGACGACGAUGAUGAUCUUAUUGUAAUCAGUGAUAAGAGUCCCAAAAGUGAGACUAAUUGUAGCAAAAUUGCACUUUCGCAGGAGCAUGAAGAUGAUAUUUCUAUAAUUUCCACAUCGAGAAUCAAAUCAUCGCUUCUUAAUGAAAGAGCAUCAAAGAUUAAAAACUUCCUUAAACAUGAGACAACCGACACGUUCAAAAGAUUAAAUAGCAUCUCUAAACUAAAUGAAAUAGAGCCACCAUUACCAUUACAUCAAUCGAUUUUCCCAGUAGGUGACAAAGAGCUGUCAGAUCGGAGUGUUGAUAUCCCGCUUCCUUUCCGCACAAUACCGCCAUUAAAUCAUAAUUUUCUUCCUAGUGACUAUGAAUCGUUGAAAGACAAGAAUUCAGCAUCUUGUAUUCCUGUUCGCUAUCAAGCACCGGUAUUACUUGGCACAAAUAUUAAAAGAAAUACAACUCUCACAUGGCCGCAGCUAUUCAAGCCUGUCACUUUAAAACAAGUAUUAAUUGAACCCAAAUUGAAACUUCGAAUCAAAAAUUGGAUUGAAACAUCCUUUCAUACGCUAGAAAAGCCUACCUUGAGGAACCGUCUAUUGAACAGAAUAAAUCCCAAUAAACAACAGGGAUCUGGUGAUGAGCUUGCCAACUUCAUUGUACCUGAUCUCGAAGAAGACGAAAACUUGCGUCCAGAUUUCUACAGAAAUGGCGAAGCAAAUAGCAGCUUGAGCGAAUUUGUUCCACUAAUGAUAUUACACGGAAAUUCAAUAGGCAAGAAAACGCUGAUACAGACAAUCAUGAGAGAGAUUGCUGGCGACGAUAAUUCUUACCAGAUAUAUGAAGUUAAUUCAAACAUGAACAGGAGCAAAAAAGAUUUGCUUGAUAUCCUACUAGAUUUUACCACCACACACUAUGUCAAAGAUUCCUCAAAAAGGAAAAGUGACUACGGGCUUGUUUUAUUUAAUGAUGUUGAUGUUUUAUUUAAAGAACAUGAUAGGGGAUAUUGGGCAAUGAUCAGCAAGCUUUGUGAAUUUUCACGAAGGCCCCUCGUAUUGACUUGUAAGGAUUUGUCACUAGUUCCUAGUGAACUUAUUGCCUUGGCAAGUGAACAAAACUCUUUGUUUCAUACUAAGAAAAUUAGUACAUCCACAGUCUAUGCGUUUCUAACAAAAUAUUUAAAGUCCCUUGAAAUCGAAGUUUGUGACGACUGGCUUCGCGAUGUUGUAAAACAAAAUAAUGCGGAUAUUAGGAAGUGCUUGAUGCACUUGCAGUUUUGGUGCGUUGAUACUGAGGCUGAUUUGAUUUCAUCCAAGAACAGACUACCGGUCCUAACAUCAACUCUUGGUUCAAGCGUUAAAGAUAUAUCGCAAUUAACUGAUCUACUCUCCAUAAAUGAUGUUAUUGGUCAAGCAACGCUCAAUCGUUCCAUGGUUAGACAAGAAAUAGAUUCUACCACAAUGACCCCAGAAAAAGUUAAUACUUUCCAGGAUCAAAAUCUGGAUGAUGAAAUGAAACUAAAAUUUGAUUACGUGAUAGAUUAUAAAUUGCAUUUAAAUGACCCCAAUAGACAACCGUUAUUACCGUUUGAAUUGAAUAUUUACCAACACAUCCAAGAACAAUUGGAAGCUCGGUAUUCCUAUGUUAGAGAAGCAAACCAUAGGCUUGAUAACGAAUACCUUGUUAACAGGUUCAAAAAAAUGACAGAAUCUACAUUAAAUUUUUUGGCGUCAAGAAUACCGAAGUAUGACCAUCUUCAGUCGGCAAGAAGGACGAGAAAUUCGAAGAAAAUUUCUGAUAUUUUGAACCAAUUCAAAGGAAUUUAUAAUGAUGAAACUCUGAACGAAAAUGCCGAGAUUGAUCUGCUGAGCGCCACAACUCAACAAAUUAAAGCGGAGAUCAAUCCCUUCGUUUUUGAAAUCGCUAAAAGUGACGCCAAUGUCAAGAAUGAAAACAAACAAAUAUUUGAGUUGCAUAGUGAAAAUGUAUCAGAAAGACGAUACAAAGAUUUGGUCUAUCAGUUGUCACAAGAGGGUGUCUUGAAAAACGUAUGGUUCAACGCUGAUCCGAGCAUAGUCGUGAGAAAAUGGGAGCAUUUGCACUCAGGCUUUUCAAAGAACAAAUAA